AUGACCCAUGAACAUCGGACAUUAUGGAGCAGAGAGCUUCGGCCCACAGCUGCAACAAGGAAAGAGCAAUACAAUUCUGGCUUAGUCUAUGGUAAGCCAACCAAUGUGAGACAUUGUCCCAGCAUUCCUACCUACGGACUCCAAUAAUCCAUCUCACUGAACACCAGGCUACAGGACUGCUAUGUGGUCCCAGCAUCUGUGCAGUCAGAAUGGGUGUAAAGCAGACUAGCACCCAGCACCAGGUACCACUGGGAAGUGGUAAAGAGCCAGUAAAUUGUCAAUUCAUUCUCUCUAGUCAAGGUUGUGCUCAGAGGAGAAAAAGUAACAGUCAGCCAAGAUCUUAAGGACAGAUAUGCCAAACAUUCAGCCACUACCGAAGAGUUGUCCAGGGACAAUGGGCUGACAGCCUGCAAGGGCCGGACACUGCUUCCUGAAACCCAAGAGGAACAGCAGUUGGAGGUCAUGCCAACCAUCCAUGGCAUCCUCACUGAGGGUUACCAGGCUCUGUAUCACACAGUGGUAGAGUCCAUGCUGGGAGAUCCUUCUGGAAGCCCCAAGAGGUACAGCUCAGAGCUAGGCAAGGCCAUUAAACAAAGGCUCUGUGAAGCUUUGCAGUCAGCUGCCACCAGGAGUGCACGGAGGGGCCUGAAGCUGGGAGUCACUGAGGAAUGGCCCAAGCUAGGAUAAGAAAUAACAAGACCUCAUAGAAUUGGAGUCUCCUCUGCAGUAUGUCUGAA